AUGUCUUCGCCAAAGCUAUUCCCCAUCAUUGACUCUCACAUCCACCUGUUUGCCCAAUCUCACUUACCGCGCUUAAGCUGGGCCGGUUCACUGCCCGACGACCAUGUGCUCAAACGUGGUAACACGGUGAGCGUGUAUAAAGAGGCCACGGCAGGGACAGCUCCUCUCGCUGGAUUCGUCUUCCUGGAAACAGAUCGGAUUUCAGGUCUGUCCGAUGAUCAGUGGGAAGAUGCGCUAGCCGAAGCAGAGUUCUUAUCUCGGAUCGCACAGGGGAGGCCCAGCGAAGGCGAGGGUCACGAGGCUGGCGACAGCAAGCUGUGUCUCGGUAUCGUUCCAUUUGCUCCCGUGCCGGCAGGUCCUGCCGCUCUUGCGAGGUACGUUGGACGAGUAUGGGAUCUCUACCCGGACGACUAUAAGGACAAGGUGAAGGGCUUUCGCUAUCUACUUCAAGACAAGCCACCGAAAACUAUGCUACAACCCGACUUCAUCGCUGGAUUGCAAUGGCUUGGCCAAAACAACUUGUCCUUUGAUCUCGGCGUCGACGCGCGUUCGGCCGGGCUGUUUCAGCUUGAGGAGGCCUGCACUAUGAUGGACCAACUUUAUAGCACUGGGAGCACGCUCAGGAUCGUCAUCAAUCACUUCUGCAAGCCUAACUUACAGCUACCCGAAUCCGAGGCAUCAGAAGAUCACCCGGAAUUCUCUCAAUGGAAAGAAUACAUUGAGAAAAUGGCUACUCAUAAGUCGACAUAUAUGAAGCUAUCAGGCUUCUUCUCCGAACUUCCUCCGCAGUCAGUAGACGAACCUGCGAGUUACGCAACCCUGAUUGCGCGUCUGCAACCCUGGAUCUCGGUCGUCUUCAAGUCUUUUGGGCCGUCACGGAUUAUGUUUGGAUCAGACUGGCCGGUGUGCAACGUUGGAGGUCCAGGUCCAGCGAAAUCGUGGCAGCACUGGCAUGGUCUGGUGACUACCAUCCUCUCAGACCUCGCGUUGAGCGACGCAGACCUCGCGCGUAUCUGGAACGGUACGGCCACCGAAGCUUACCGAAUCACCUACUGA